AUGGGGCGACUCGUUCUGUCUUCUCUGGUCCUUGUGGCCUGUGCGAUCACCCUGGCUUCAGGCUUCUCGGUAUAUCUGUCCUCCUGGAGUGGGUGGGGCUUUUACAAAGUCAAGGCCACGGGCCUGAUGACUAACACCAACGUCAAGUUCACUUGUGAAGCGACGGGGAUGCAGUACCCGUGCCUCGGUAGAGACGGCACGCUAGAAGAUGGCAUCUACUGGGAACCAGGCUGCAUAACAUACAGUGCUGAUGAGAUCAGCAACGUUAUUCCAAACAUCCUGUCCGCCCACCUGUGCGUAGAGUACAGGCCUGACAUCUGCCCAGCCCUGCACGAUGUUUUCGUUGUCCGUCCCGACUUGGAAAGAGACAGCGCAUAUGGCUAUGACGUUAUCACUAACACAAGAGUUCAGGGAGCUGACGAAAGCAACAAAUAUGCACUGUGCGCAAAACCCAGCAGCUGCAGCAGUUCCCCCUGCGUACACGGCACCUGUGAGGAUCGCGUGAAGCACUACUCCUGCCACACUUGUGUGGACCAUGAGCCGUACUUCGUGUGUUGGUGCGAGCCGGGAUGGAUCGGAGACCAGUGCCAGAUUGACAUUGACGAGUGCCAGAGCUCACCCUGUUCUCAAAGCGCCACCUGCGUGGAUCAUGUGAACGGCUACACCUGCCAGUGCCCACCUGGAUUCACUGGGAACAGCUGUGAGACAGCUAUAAAUUGGUGUGACCCCAAUCCCUGUCCGUCUGGCUGGACCUGUGUGGCCCCGGACCUGGGCACCUUCCACUGCCAAGCGCCUGCUGGGAGCCGCGGAUACACCGGCCACUUCUGCACGGCGACGCCAUGCGGUCCCGAUUGGAGCUGCAGGGAGGACGGCUACUCCGGCUACUCCUGCAUCCGUGGCUGA